AGCCGAAUUUCUAGGUUGAAUUUGUGCUGAGAGCUUAACCUAUAUUAGGUAGAGAAUGGAUUUGGGGAAAGUGAAGGAAAGCAGGGAAAAGCAGUGCAAAGCAGGCCCCCCGAUUACGUACCGGCAUUCGUGUCGGAACUAACCUUAACCAAUCACAAAGGGUUGUAUUAGUUAUCGCCUGACCUGUCCUUCCAUUUCAGUCUUCGCAAUGAUAAGGGAAACUGCAAGUGAUUCUGUCUCCGGCGAUCGGCAGCGCAACCGACGGUAUUCAUCUGUGAAGGAAAAGCGGAGUUGGAAGGCCACAAUACCCCAAGGUCCCGGAGAGCUUCUGACACCGCUGGUUUCCUCCCGUACCUUUAUAAACCAAACAGCGAUCAUCUUCAUUCACCUAGAACCCUAGAACCCUAGAACCCCUUCAUCCGAAAGCAUCCUAAUUCCAUACCUAGUAUCAUACCUAGAUAAAAUAAUUCAUCCUAGGAAAUCCGAACUAAAUCGUCGCAAUGGAUCGCUUCGAGCAACUUGUCCAAUCCAUCAAGGAGGAAUUGGGACCGUCCUCCGGGUUGACUUCUGACGAUGUAAACGUGGACCACCUAACACAUAUGAUGGAUCGAUACAUCUCCAACGAAAAGGAGUGGUCCAAGUAUGCAUUGGCAGACGCCAAUAUGGCAUAUACCCGAAAUCUCGUUGACGAGGGGAACGGCAACGCAAACCUGCUCGUGCUAGUUUGGACGCCAGGGAAGGGUAGUCCGAUUCACGACCACGGCAAGGCUCAUUGCCUGAUGAAGAUCCUCCGCGGCAACCUCACCGAAACUCGAUACGACUUUCCCGACGGCGAUGAUAAGAAGCCGAUGCAGGUCAAGUCAGAAACAGUGCGUAAGCAGAAUGCUGUGGCCUAUAUGGCGGACGAACUUGGACUGCAUCGCAUGUCCAACGAGGGUAGCGACUACGCCGUCUCCCUACACCUAUACACCCCGCCGAAUGUGGCCAAGAACGGCUGCAACAUCUUCGACGCUAAGACGGGAAAGAUGACGCAUAUUUCCAAGUGCGGCCACUAUUCAGAGCACGGGAAACGAGUGCAGGACUAGAACACUUGUAAGCUAUCAUGAUAUUAUGAAGUAGGUGUAUGGAGUUUUUGGGAAGGCUCUGGGGUCAUGGUUUGGUUGUUUUCCCAGACGAAGCGAGAUUGGUUUCUCGUCAACUUGACGGAGAUUUUGGUUAUCCGUAGAUUGUUGUCACAUAGAACUUGGUUCCGUCGAUAAAGGGAUCUAAAGUACCUAGGCACCUUAGGUUCUUUAAAGCGAGUAAUAAAAAGCGUUGGAUGACAAUAAAUCAAACUUGCGUUUCUAUCAGUUCGAAAUCCGAGAGACUAGUUAAGAGAUUAAACGAGGUGAAGUUGAAAAAGAAGAGAAGUCGUGCUUUUGCGGCUCUUUUCGCAAUAUCAGUAUUAUUCUAUCAUGUUGAUUUGGCCUAGCUCGGAUUGCACCAUCGCC